UUUCUCCUGAAAACCCAUCGAAAUGCAUCGAGAAAGUUGGCCGCCGGAGUAAACGCUAUGGAACAGUUAUAGGCCAAUAAUCGCCUUCCUUUGUUUUGUUAAAAAAAAAAAAAAGACGGUGUGUUGGGAUACCACCAUAGACGCUAACCAAAAUGCCCGUGCGUAAGCAGGAGUUUGCGAAAAAGGGGGUCGGCAGUACAGCGGUGGUAAACUUCAGACCUGUGGUAAGUGCGACGUCGUCUCAGCGCAGGGGUUCGGCGGUUUUGCCAUCAGUCUUGACGUUCGCCGUUAUCGUGGCGUCUGGGGGCCUUCUCUUGAUGAUAGAGAAAGGAAUGCUGAAUAACAUGGAGACCCCGCCACCCCGGGGAAACGGCAAGAAUGCGAACUAUCUCCAACAAGUGAGGCAUCCUGACGCAUCUGUGGACGUGGACUCUCAAAUCCUGCAGGAGAUCCGGAACCGUACCAUCCGGGCCAUGUGUAGCCAGAAGAACAUGCCCCACAGCGUGUGGUCUCUGACGCCGCUGCAGCGCAAGACGCUCCUGGGCCACAUCCUGGUGAACGAGGAGCACCGCUUCCUCUACUGCUACGUGCCCAAGGUGGCCUGCUCCAACUGGAAACGCAUGCUCAAGGUGAUGAGCGGCGCGCUUCCCGGUGUGGACGCCAAGGGCAAGAUGGACCACCGCGCCGACCUGCUCUUCCUGUCCGACAUGCAGCCCGAGCAGAUCCGCUACCGCCUGCGCCACUACUACAAGUUCAUGUUCGUGCGCGAGCCCAUGACGCGCCUGCUCUCCGCCUACCGCAACAAGUUCGGCGAGAUCGAGUCCUACCAGAGGAAGUACGGUGUGGAGAUCGUGCGGCGCUACCGCAAAGGAGCGGCCCGCGGCGCCAAGUCCAAGGACAAGGACGCCGUCAAGGGCGAUGACGUGACCUUUGCCGAGUUCGUGCGCUACCUGCUGGACGAGGAUGCCGAGCGCAUGAACGAGCAUUGGAUGCCCAUGUACAACCUGUGCCAGCCCUGCGCCGUGCCCUACGACUUCAUCGGCUCCUACGAGAGCCUGGAGUCCGACGCGGCGCACGUGCUGGAGAGGGUGGGCGCGCCGCCGCACCUGCGCUUCCCCGAGCGGCAGGCCUGGUACAAGCCCGUCACCAAGGAGACGUUACACUACUACCUGUGCAGCGUGCCGCAGAAGCUACUGAGGGAACUCCUGCCCAAGUACAUCCUGGACUUCUCGCUCUUUGGAUACCCCCUGCCCAACACCACAGCGGAGCACUGCAGACACUGAAGAAGGAAGAGGACGUACAGUAGAAUAUAGGAGGACAACAGACCUGCUCAGAAGGUUGACUUUUUCAGGUGGUGCUUGACUAUGGGACUCUAAACACCGCCUACUGUUAUUAUUUUUGUGUUAAAAAAUGAUUUUUGGAAGCAGGGGGAUGGGGGUACAGGAGGAGGACAGACUUGUUUAAAAGUUUGAUCUUUGCAGGACUUUUGGAAGUCUAAUAGGAUGUGGUUUGGAUAAGGUUGAAACCACUAGGUGAACAGGGACUAAAGCAGUCAGACAGAACGGAAAGGAGAGAAGCGGCAUCUCUGAUGCUAGGCCACGGUCCAACUCAUUUGCAUGGUCUGCGGAUCUGGAAAGCUGACAGCUUUGGCCGGGCUCAGGGCAAAGCCAUCUGGAAGUCCCUCACCUCAAUACAUACAAUGUUAUGGGGACCCAAUUCUGGGCCCAAGACAACUAACCCCUUUGUCACCCCUUGUCAGCUUUCUUCCUGUGGAUUUGGCAAAGACAGAUGGUAGUCUGCCUGUGCCCUGCCAUGUCCUGUGUGCUGUGUCAUGAAUAUUGUUUUUUUGGGGGUUAAAUGAGUUGUAAAACCCCCCUUUAAACUUGACCCUCUCGAGAGUUUCAAUUCAAAUUUCAGUUGUUUUUAUUCAGUACUCCCUGUCAUAAAUUUGCUCUAUUAAUGCUGAAUGGGAAUCCAGUCACUGUCCAACCUUCAAAUCAAUGCAAAUCAAUGGACCUAGAUUCAUAAACCACCUAUCUUAAAUGUUACUUCAGUUCACAGCUUUUGGGGAUCAAAUAACCAGGGGCGGUUCUAAGGGGUGGCAGGGGGUGGCAUUUGCCCCCCCAGAAAUAUGAUUUGCCACCCCAAUUAAGAGCCCUGAUUGUGACCAAUAGCCUUAAUGCUUGACAUCAUUUCAGACAUUGAACUUUAGGUUGCAGGGUUUCACUUUAAGGGAUUCACUGUAUCACAUAAGUGUGUGUGUCGAUUAUAUAGUGUUUAUAAUUUUCCCUUAGUGUAGGAGCAUGCCCCCCUGAAAUACACUUCGCCACCCCUUUGCCACCCCAAGAAUAAAUGUCUGGAACCGCCCCUGCAACCAACAUGUUUUUAUGUGUGUUUUACAACUACAUGCAGACUGUCAACUGUUCCUGCUACUUCAACAUUCAAAACAAAAUGCAAUGGAAUUGCCCUCCCCACUUUUGAUUGACAUUAGGCACUUAUUGACAGAUUGUUGUCAGACAUGGUUGUCUUGUAAGUGCAAUAAUGACCCCAGAACAACUAGGCCAGCUGCAGAUGCAGAGUGAUCACCACUUUGGAAUUUGCAUCACCGGGUCUGGCUCCAAAAUGUCAGAUUUGCUGAACAAAAAUGCUCUUAUCUUAUUUCAAGAAGUGAACAGAAAUCAGAGGGCAAUGCCAUGCAAUAUGGCUCACGGCAGUUGGAAUGACCCAUCCUUCACCUGUUUUUGAUCCAGAUACUUGGACUGAACUGUUGAGCAGCAACUCCUCUGACAACUAAGCUCUACAUGAAAACUGUAGCUGAUCUCAGUUGCAGCUGACCUGCAGCAGAUAGAAGAAGCACUUUUCUCUGGCUGGCUACAGGGAAUAGAGAAUAAUCUGAGACUAUGGACACUUGACUAUGGAGACUCGACACCUCUUUUUGAGGAUCAUCAUUGACUGCGACAAUCUUGGAAUUUAACAUGUCUGUCUGAGAUAAGACUGUGGCCAGUUGGCCAAUCUCAUCAAUUUCUGUCCUUCCUUAUUUAAUGUAACACCACCACCAUGGACCUUUUCCCCUCCCUGCAUCUGCUGUGGGCAGUGCGAUGUAGUACUGUAUGCUACAGUAGUUCUCAAAGUGGGGGUUGGGGGUGUGGAGAUAUUGCACUGGGGUCGACGGGAGAUGGGACUGUUUGCAUAGAACCUUGAAUGCCUUCAUGAAUUCCAUCUAUUGGUUAGUAACAUUCACUUGUAUGGUAACUAAAUGUGAAUUUCCAGAUUAAAUAGUAGCCAUUUCAAGGGACACAAAAUGUUUGGAAUAAGGGGGUGGAGGAGUCAUGAAUGAAAGUGUCCAAAAGGGGUCCCUGCAGAAAUAAUUGGGAACCAGAACCACUGCAGUAUACACUCUACAGUCCAGACAUCUCUGUUGCCAGUUGGUACCCAACAUACACUAUGCUCUGUCAGUCACUAACACACACAGACAAAACACAACACAACAAACACAUUCCCAAUAAAGCUCAUCAACCGAAUCUGUGCCGAGUUUAUUGAAGCUGAUUUAAAGCAUUACUCAAGAACUGCAACAAAGAAGUGUUUCUUUGGCAUACAUCGGUGUUUGCGGUAGGAAAAGAAAAUAAGAUCCUCAAUAUUCUGGGACA